AUGCUGAAGUUGGUCAUUUUGCUAAUCUUGGCUGUGGGCAGUCAGGGGAGGAGUUUGGAUAGGUUUAUUGUGGGAGGAAACACCGCGUCUCCUGGCCAGUUUCCCUACAUGGCGUCAUGUCGUUUGGCAGCCACAAACUUCCAUUUCUGCGGCGGAUCUCUGGUCAACGACAGAUGGGUGGUUUCAGCGGCGCAUUGCUUCGGCGGACGAGGACCCAAUGAUGUGAUUGUGGUUUUGGGUGCUCAGCACAGAGUCAAUGGAGGGACACCUCACAGCCUCUCUCAGGUGAUCCAGCAUCCGCAGUGGAACACUCAGACCAUCGCCAACGAUGUGGCUGUUCUGCAGACGGCAAAUCCCGUGGUUUUCAGUAAUCUCAUCCAGCCCAUCGAAUUGGGAUCGGUUUUCGUCGCUGGUGGGGUGAGUGGAGUGGCGACUGGAUGGGGAUUAACUAGCCACCAGGGCGUAGCAGCUGAACAGCUGCAGUAUCUCCACACGGCGACCAUCUCGAAUCAGGAAUGCAGCCAAAGACUUCCGGGCAUGGGACACUUGGUCUUCGAUCACAAAAUCUGCGCUGGUGGUAUUCAAGGCUCUGGCACUUGUCAGAUGGACUCCGGAGGACCUCUGGCUGUAGGAAACACUGUUGUGGGCAUCGUCUCUUGGGGACUUGAGUGCGCUGGAGGUACUCCGGAUGUCUACGACCGGGUAUCUGCUCACAGGACUUGGAUCAUAAGUAACUUUUAGUCUAU